UGUGAAAUUAUUUUUCAGAUCAUUUAUUUUAUUUUACAGAAAACUUUCUUUAUUUUAUUAAAUUUAUUUUCAGGAUAUUUUUUUAUUUUAUUUUUCCUCAUGAAUAUUAUCCUGAUUUUUAAAGACACUCCAGAUUAAACUUGUACUUUAUUACAUAUCAGAUUAUUUCUUUGUCAGAUUAUUUUUAUUCCAUUUUCUCAUGACUUUAAGUAUGAUUUUUAAUUACUUUUUUUAUUCAUUGCUGUUUUUAUGGAUCCAUUUAUCCAAAAUAAUAAUCUGGAUUAAAUAUAAAUGGCCUUUCCAGAUGUUGCAGUCAGAUGUGACACUGUUCAAAAAUAAUCCUAAUCUUUUAUUAAAACUUAAAUAUUGGUAUAUAAAACUAUCUGGGAAUAUUCUUCCCUCAUUAAAAUUCAGUUCCCAGGACGGUUUUCCUUUUUUCCAGAUUCCUCCGUUAAUCCUGUAUGUAAAUCGCAGCCAAUGGAUGCCGGUGUUGAGUUGGGCUGGGAUUAGCAGAAGGCGAAUGAGUUUCAAUUUUACUGGAUUACAGAACAAAGAAAAGAAGAAAGGGACACCCUGCUCUGCAAAAAGGGAAAACAGGAAUAAACUCGGGAAAUCCGAGGAAACCGAAGGCGCCGUCGGAGUCGCGAUGAUCCGGAUUAGGGCGUUUUUCAGCGGACGGGAAUCGUUUCUGAUGGAUUAAAAUCGGGGAAUAUUCCGGGAUUGACAGCAGCAACAAGGCUAUUUAACCGUUAAUUGAGAGGCAUGGCUCAGAUGAGGAAGCUGGCCUGCGACGGCGUCAGGAUGAACUCCCGCGGCGACCUGCAGGCGCCGCUGGUGUCGGCCCGACAGGAGAUCCUCACCAGCCUGGUGUCGGCCCUGGACUCCGUGUGCACGGCCAUGUCCAAGCUCAACGCCGAGGUGGUGUGCGUCACCGUGCACGAGGACAGCGUCAUCGCCGUGGGAACGGAGAAGGGCAGAGUCUUCCUGAACUCCAGGAGGGAAAUCCAGACCGACUUCUACAAGUUCUGCCGGUUGCCAUGUCUGCCGAACGCAGCAAACUCUCAUACCAAAGAGCCGGACGCCGACCUGAGCAAAGUGAGCAAAGACGGCGAGCACGGGAAGCACCGAGCUCCUUCAGAAGCCGCCCAGUCCAGCGUCUUCGUCCUGAGGAAGAUGGUGGAGGAAGUCUUCACCGUGCUCUACAGUGAAGCUGUGGGAAAGAGCAGCCUGGUCCCCGUGCCUUACGAGAUGAUCCAGAAGGACCCCGGCUGCGUGGUGGCCCACGGUUUGCCCGACGGCGUCGCCCUGAAGAAGCCGUCCGAGUACGACACCAAGACGCUGAUGAAGAUCCUGGAGCAGAGCCACCGCAUCCACUUCACGGUGCAGAGUCAAGCGGAGGAUUUGUCCCGGGAAGCAAAGUCCGGUGGCGACGUCAAUCACAGCUCGGGCGCUCACGGUCCGGUCAAACCGGCGCCGCAGACCCAGGCCGCCUCCAGCAACUCGGUCCUCUCCAACUUCCUGUACGGCAUGCCCAUGUCCUCCAAACCCUCCCCCGACGGGAAGCUGGACUUCAAACCCGUCUCGCUGCUCAACCUGUGCAAAGACCGGCCGGGCUCCUGGAGCGCCGCCGCCGCCGAGAAGAGCUGCUGCGGGAAGGACGAUGAGCGGGGGCCCGGCGAGCAGGGACAGAGCCCCCCUGGCGUCCACAUCUCCAAGAGGCUGCUCUUCUCCAUCGUGCACGACAAGUCAGAAAAAUGGGACUCGUUCAUUCGGGAGACGGAGGACAUCAACACGCUGAGGGAAUGUGUGCAGAUCCUGUUCAACAGCCGAUACGCUGAGGCUCUGGGUCUGGAUCACAUGGUGCCUGUCCCCUACCGCAAAAUCGCCUGCGACCCCGGAGCUGUGGAGAUCAUCGGCAUCCCGGACCAGAUCCCCUUCAAGAGGCCGUGCACGUACGGCGUCCCCAAGCUCAAGCGCAUCCUGGACGAGCGCCACUCCAUCCGCUUCGUGGUCAAACGGAUGUUCGAUGAGAGGAUUUUCACCGCUGCAGGAAAGAUGGCGAGGGAGGAGGGAAAGCACGAGCUGGGCGGCGCGCCUGACGACGGCUUCUGCGACAGUCUGAGCGCCCCGACCGCCGCCGAGCUGGUCGGCCACGCCCACAGCAGCAGAUCCACCAGCGCUUGUGUGAGUCCUCUGGCCGACUGUGAAGCAGCUAACAGCAUGAAGAGUUCGAUCCCCGCAGGUCCUUCCGGAGACUGCGCUCCUCUGAGGAGGAUCAAAACAGAACCUCCAGAAGGAGAAAUCAUCCAAAUCACAGUACCUGAUGCCGGCACAAAUGGGGAGGAGCCUAACGAGGCUGUGAGCGAGCCCGCCGCAGGAGCGCCAUGUCCCGCCACAUCCUCGCCCUCAGCCCCCCCCGCUCCUCCUGCAUCCCACCUCCCCAUGGAGAACCACUCAGCUGAAGCGUUGUCUCCUGGAGCGUCCUCACAGAGCAUCCGCAGACCUUCUGAAGGAGGAACUCUGCUGGAGGACAUCGGGGAAAUGAUCCUUCAGCUGCGGAGACAAGUGGAGAGCCUCUUCGGCAUCAAGUAUGCUGAAGCUCUGGGCCUCUCUGAAGCCACCAAGGUGCCAUACUCCCGGUUCCAGAUGUACCCGGAGGAUCUGUACGUCACCGGCCUCCCAGACGGGAUCUCCCUGCGGAGGCCCAACUGCUUCGGCGCCGCCAAACUGCGGAAGAUCCUGGCGGCCAGCGGUCAGAUCCAGUUUGUCAUCAAACGGCCGGAGCUCCUGACCGAACAGGUCAAACAAGAGAUGCCCCCCAUCCCCAUCGGCCAUGGUGCAGAGGUAGAGCGGUCGACCUCUGAUUGGAAGAUUGCAGAGCUCGACGCCAAGGACGCCACGCCGGUGACGCCAGAAGACUCUGCAGCCGUUUCCAAGAAACCUGGAUUCUCAGACUGCAUGGAGUCCAAACUGUCCCGCAUCGACCUGGCCAACACGCUGCGCGAGCAGGUCCAGGACCUCUUCAACAGGAAGUACGGGGAGGCGCUGGGCAUCAAGUACCCCGUCCAAGUGCCUUACAAGAGGAUCAAGAACAACCCGGACUCGGUCAUCAUCGAGGGGCUCCCGCCCGGCAUCCCCUUCAGGAAGCCCUGCACCUUCGGCUCCCAGAACCUGGAGAGGAUCCUGGCGGUCGCCGACAAGAUCAGCUUCACCAUCACCAGACCUUUCCAAGGACUCAUCCCCAAACCAGCUCCUCGCCGAGUCACGUUACUAAAAAAAGCCUACGCCGCCAUCAGUGACGAGGACGACAUGAACCGCAUGGGGGAGAAGGUGGUGCUGCGAGAGCAGGUCAAGGAGCUGUUCAACAAGAAAUACGGUGAGGCUCUGGGCCUGGACCGCUCCGUCGUGGUGCCGUAUAAGCUGAUCCGUGGCAGUCCGGAGUCCGUGGAGGUCAGCGGCCUUCCAGACGACAUUCCCUUCCGAAACCCCAACACCUACGAUAUCCUGUGCCUGGAGAAGAUCCUUCAAGCCGCAGACAAGAUAACGUUCAACAUCAAGAGUCAGCUGCAGCCUUUCGCAGAGAUCUGCAGCCAGCCGUGUAACACAGUGGGAACAGACGCCUCCACCAACCGCCGGAAACGCAAACGAGUCCAGGAGAGCAGCCGAGUAAGCUCCGCCUCCGACCUGGCCCCGUCAGCCAAUCAGAUUCCAGUGAUGCAGUGGCCCAUGUACAUGGUGGACUACGGCGGCGUGAACGUUCAGGUUCCCGGGAAGGUGAAUUACUGAAGGAGGACUGCAGCGAGGGCGGGAUGGGAGGAGGCGGGACUGAAGGGGGCCGUCUCUGGCGGAGGAGCAGCAGAAUGUAUGCAGGUUUUCUUCAAUCAUCCUGUUUUGGUUUUUUUUAACAUAAACGAUAAAAAAGUCCCUAAAAUCUCCUGGUUUCUCAUCUUGGUGUCCAUCCACUGACUCCACAAAAACGUCUGACGAGCAUCUGGUCCCGAACGAUUUCACAUAUUUGUACUUCUUCUUAUUUAUUCUAUUUAUUAAAAGCUAACAUUACGGGCAGGGAUGUAAAAUAUCUCCUUUGAGGAACUAUCAGCACACUGAGGAACGGCUUCAGUUCAGAUUCAUCCGCAGCAAACGGCCUUGAACCUGUAAAUACGUCACUACAGUCAGCCUGAAUGUAUCAUGUAAAGAAUGGUCUGUUCUUCUGCCAUGACUCUCUGGACUAACUAUAUUUAAUAUGCUGUACCUUAACGCCAUUUAGGCCUUUCAAAUAAAAUGUGUUGCCUUGCACCUCAA